AUACAAACAACCCCACAAGAAAUUCCAAAACCAAAACCCCAAGAAACCUUUGAUUGUAAUCCCGAUAAAGAACCCAAAUUCAACCCAACUAAAAAGGGGCAGCGGUGUUGCAUCUGCCAUUGCCUAUUCCGCUUCCAGUUUUUCAGAAUUCUGAGAAAACAAAGCACAAAAUAUGGAGCAGAAGAAGAAGGAUAUGAUUCGAAUAGAGCGCGAAUCCGUCAUCCCAAUCAUCAAGCCCAAGAUUAUCAUGACCUUGGCCAACCUCAUUGAGCAUAGUUCCGACCGGGCGGAGUUUUUGAAGUUGUGCAAGAGAGUUGAGUACACAAUUCGGGCUUGGUAUCUUCUGCAAUUCGAGGAUUUGAUGCAAUUGUACUCCCUCUUUGAUCCUGUAAAUGGGGCUAAAAAAUUAGAGCAGCAGAACUUUUCCGCAGAAGAAGUUGAUGUGCUUGAGCAGAAUUUCUUGAAGUACUUAUUUCAGGUGAUGGAGAAGAGUAAUUUCAAGAUAACAAGUAAUGAGGAAAUUGAGGUUGCACGUUCAGGCCAGUAUCUUCUAAAUCUACCCAUCACAGUUGACGAAUCUAAGCUUGAUAAGAAGCUCUUAAAGAAUUAUUUCGCUGAGCAUCCUCAACCAAACCUUCCAGAUUUUGCUGAUAAGUACAUUAUCUUCCGGCGUGGCGUUGGACUUGAUCAGACAACUGAUUACUUUUUCAUGGAGAAAGUGGACAUGAUGAUUGCACGCUUUUGGGCAUAUCUUUUACGAAUAACUAGGAUCGAAAAACUUUUAUCCAGAUGGUCAAGUGGACGACCUAAGUCUGAUCCAAAAAAGAAUGAUGAGAUUGUCUCUGGAGCAGAUGGAGAAGAUGAAGACUUAUUUAUUGAAAGAAUCCGUCUAGAAAAAAUGGAACUACGUGUUAAAAAUUUGCUGAGCAAGACGACAAUCAAAGAGCCAACCUUUGACAGGAUAAUUGUUGUUUACAGGCGGGCAAGUACCAAAGCGAAAGAAGAACGGGGAAUAUAUGUAAAGCACUUCAGAAAUAUUCCGAUGGCUGAUAUGGAGAUAGUUCUUCCUGAGAAGAAGAACCCGGGAUUAACUCCAAUGGACUGGGUCAAGUUCCUUGUUUCUGCUGUAGUUGGGCUGGUUGCCGUUGUUGGUUCGGUUGAAAUGCCUAAAGCUGAUCUUUGGGUCAUUAUUGCAAUUCUUUCGACUGUGAUUGGUUACUGUGCUAAGAUAUACUUCACAUUUCAGCAGAACUUGGUUGCAUAUCAGAACUUGAUAACACAGUCCAUGUAUGACAAACAACUAGAUAGCGGAAGGGGCACUCUUCUUCACUUGUGUGAUGAUGUGAUUCAACAGGAAGUCAAGGAGGUGAUAAUUGCUUACUAUAUAUUAAUGGAGCAAGGGAAAGCUACUUUAGAAGACCUGGAUAGGUGGUGUGAGGAACUAAUUAAAGAUGAGUUUCACGCCAAUUGCAAUUUCGAGGUGGAGGAUGCAGUUCAGAAGUUGGUGAAAUUGAAAAUUGUUGCUCAGGAUUCUGUUGGACGGUUUUACUGCGUUGGGCUGAAGCGUGCUAACGAGAUCAUUGGCACCACCACAGAGGAGCUUGUCCUCAAGGCAAAACAAGGUGGUAACGCUUGACGCUGUCUCGAAAAGCUAGGCCUGCUUCUAUCCGAUGUCUAUACAGGAAAGUUACUUGAAAGUGUUUGUGGUUUUGGCAGGUGAUAAUUCUGCCCGUCGAACAGCCCUAGAACACUAGAUCAUCGUCACCUUCGAUGGAAGUUGUACAAAAUUAUAACUAUUGAUUUAUUUAUUUAUUUUUACUUUUCU